GCCGGCGCCGAGGGCUACCAGCCCGUGGACGGCUACGCGGCCCCGGACCCGCGCUCGGGACUCUACCCGGGGCCGCGCGAGGACUACGCGCUGCCGGCGGGGCUGGAGGUGUCCGGGAAGCUGAGAGUCGCGCUCAACAACCACCUGUUGUGGUCCAAGUUCAACCAGCACCAGACCGAGAUGAUCAUCACGAAGCAGGGCCGGCGGAUGUUCCCAUUCUUGUCAUUUACUGUGGCGGGGCUGGAGCCCACCAGCCAUUACCGGAUGUUCGUGGACGUGGUCUUGGUGGACCAGCACCACUGGCGGUAUCAGAGCGGCAAGUGGGUGCAGUGCGGAAAGGCUGAGGGCAGCAUGCCAGGAAACCGCCUCUACGUUCACCCAGAUUCCCCCAAUACUGGAGCUCACUGGAUGCGCCAGGAAGUGUCAUUUGGGAAACUAAAGCUCACAAACAACAAAGGGGCGUCUAACAAUGUGACCCAGAUGAUCGUGCUCCAGUCACUCCAUAAGUACCAGCCUCGGCUGCACAUUGUCGAGGUGAACGACGGGGAGCCGGAGGCGGCCUGCAACGCUUCCAACACGCACAUCUUCACCUUCCAAGAGACCCAGUUCAUCGCCGUGACCGCCUACCAGAACGCGGAGAUUACUCAGCUGAAAAUUGAUAAUAACCCCUUUGCCAAAGGAUUCCGGGAGAACUUUGAGUCGUAAGUGCCGCUGGGUUCCAUUCAUCAAGGACCUCCUCUUGGUUCCUCCCGAGACUUGACUUCAAACGUGCGCCCAACAUGUCUCCUUUCUGCCCCUGGGG